AUGAAGAGACAAGCUCAGAUUGAUCAGCUGCUCAGACAACUUGAUGCUCACCGUGAUGCAUAUCUGGACACAUUUCAAAGAGCACACGAAGCUCUUGCACAGAGCUUAGCGUCUGCCGCCACGACUGCUGGACAAAGCGGAACACCAGUGCCUUCGCUGCCACCGCGCUCUAUGUCGAGAGAGCAACGCUCUCCGCGACCUUCUGUGACGCUGUCCGAGGCACAAACGAGAUUCUCCACCGGCCUCUCAACCCUGCAAGCAUCCUCGGCGUCUAAAGCUACUGGUGAAGAAUCUGAAGACGAUGAAGACGAGAACUUGUACGUCCAGCAGCCGCUGGAGCAUCGAUUGUUUGAGCACGAUGGUCUACGCGACCACCUUCGGUCUCACAAAUGGACGGAUGCUGGCAGGAUCAUUCUGAACGGUAUCAUUAACUCGCCCGCGCGAAUGCAGCAGCCGACCCUGUUUCCUGCCAAUUCAGGCCGAGCGGAAGAUCGAAGUCAUUUAAGCCAUCACCAAGUGUAUGAUGUUGGGCCUGAUGGUGCGCCAUUGCAAGUCGAACUUCCUGAGAGUGAAAGCGGGCCUUCGAAUGCUUUACAUAUUUGGAACUCGAUCAAAGAGAUCAACAGCCCCAAGAAGGCUCGCCGCGCUGUGGGGCGUAUCACAAUUGUCCGGGAACCAAGUCCAAUCCUGUUUGGUGCCAUACACUACGUCCAUAAUCCGACUUUCGAUGUCGACGGCCUAUUCCGAAGUCUAGUUGUGCCAGGUGCAUCGUCUGCAAGCUUCAACGGAGCCUUUGACGACGACCCUCGGCGCCAAAGGAGCUUCAUAUUCAACUUCGAGUACUUCACGCUGAUAGGUUCUACUUGUCAGCCGCAACCAUGGCAAAUGGCCGACCGCGAUGUCAGCGACUCAUACCAGAUCAAAAUCACAAGGUGUAGCUCCGUCAUCGCUCUGUCGCUGGGAGGCGAUCCCAUCAGAAAGGUGGCGAACCACUCAAGACGAGCGAAGAACAGGUACGGCUACGCGUACGAUCCUUUUGGCCCGUGGCAGGUGCUCAGUGUUCAAUGCUAUCCUGAUUGGAAGAGUAACACCCAUGUCCACGACAGUACCAAGCACUAUGUCAACGGAGUCGAGGCUUUCCUGAUCACACUUCUGAGCGAGUUUCGAGACGCGCAAGCUCGUUUCGAUGCCAUGUAUCAUGAGGUCACGAAGCUCAUCACACCGCCAGCAGAUUUCAUGUUUGAGCAGAAAAUCAGGGAUGCUCUCCAAUUUGAAGAUGCGGACUUCACCUACACUCGCCGCUACUUUUGGGCAUACCAGACCCUAGGCAUCAUGAACGAAUCGAUCAAGGCGAUGAUCGAUGCAUACGACGACAAUCUUACAGAUGACGUCUGGGAAGGAAAACAUCACACCAUCUGGCCACUGAAAGAAGAAGAGACGCAGAGGAGUCAGUAUUACAAGAAGAAGCUGGCGAAUUUGCGCAAGAAGUUCGACGUGGAGAUGGACAGACUGCGAGCGGUGGUUCGUGAAAACUCCGAGCGACGAGACGAGAUUCGAGGACUGCGAGAGGAGCUUUUCAGUGGGACGUCGAUUCAAGAAAGCCGAAAGAGUGUCGAGAAUUCCGUGACGACAAUACAGCAGGGCCACAACAUCAAGCUGCUGACGCUUGUGUCGAUCUUCUUCCUCCCACUCACCUUCGUGACCUCUGUCUUAGGCAUGACAAAUAUGCCCACAGAGCCGCACUACUGGAUGUUUGGAAUCGUCACUGCCACAGUCCGCGUCCCGUUCUUCGUGCCCGUUGGGUCUCUCAACACCACCAAGGGCAUGCACUUCUGGCGCAGCCGGACAGCUGGGACUUUUACUGCGAUUUGUGCGUUCUUCAAAUGGCUGGUUACUUGCGAACGUCCCUCAACAACAAUUUACGAUGGACCCUCUCUGCGGCUCAGGCGAUGGUCAUCAACGCAGAAAGCAGAUGGGCAUUCGAAGGUCGAAGAAGAUGGAAAUCGUCUUGGCGUGGUCGAGCCUGCGUCUCCUGUGAUGGACAAGGCUGCAGCGUCGAUGAUUGCUAGAAUGUGGAAUGAGGAACGACAGAGAAAAAUCGCCAGCACGCUUGAUGUUUGA